CCAAAGAGAGCAACUCUAGAGUGUUUCCAGACAUCGCGCUAAUCACGCAAUUGCCCUGUCACAUACAUGGAAUUUUAUAGGGGUUCCAGGUAAUGCCAUAUUUAUAGAAUAUUAUUCUGUCUUGCCUUAUCUUAAAGAGUUUGCUUCCACAGAAAUGUACAGUCAAGAUGACGGAACCCAGCCAGGAAGAAGAGGAGCUGGAAUCCAAUACAGGAUAGGACAGAACACUGGCCCUCCAAGAGGGAUCUGUUUUCUCAUCAAAACUGGAGAAAAUACUGUGAUGCUGAGCCUCUCCACUAUAAGGAAUGUUGUACCCUUUGGAUUCCUUGCUUGAUGGUUCCUUGACUACUUCAGAAACUGCUAGAAGUGCCCUCUGUAUUUUACUUCAACUUGAUUCAUCUCCAUUUUUUUUCAACUGCUACUUUUAAACAUCAAACCUCAUGACUCCCUGUACUCAGACACAGGCUGCCUUUAACUGAUUUCCUGCCUGUCUCCUGAAUUGUGUUUUGUUUUAUGUAGACACUUCCUUCUCGCUUUGACCCACCUGCUCCAAUUUUGUAGCCACUUCUUUUGACUUUUUUCUUCUAAAAAGGAGUUGGCAGGGAAGUGCUAGAAAACCUUCUUUUGAAUUUACCCUCUCCAAAAAUAGUAUCUGUUGCUCUCAAGGUGGAACCCUCUUAGUUACAAGAUUAAUAAGUAGAAUCUAUCACCUAUACAAUGGAUGGUUUCUACAUCAUAGUGCCACACUCAUUUCAAUCUCUCUGAACUUUCAUAUAAAGAGAAUUAGAUGCCCCUGUUAUAUCAUAGAUAUAUGUCAGAAAUUGAUACAAGAUAAAAGCAUCUACUACCGCUUCCAAUAUAACAGAAGGAAGAAAGAGCUGAAUAUUCCAGGAACAGUAAAUGGUGGAAGAAUAUCCAAUUUUUGUGGAAUAAUCAUUUUGUUUUAUUGACAUGCAUGAUAUGGUAGCAACAAAAACACCUGGUGUUCCAGGUCAGGAAAUGAUCACCUGGUUUUCUUCUGUACUGACAAACAGGACUGAUUUUACUUACUUGGAACAAUAUGUGAUAUUUGUGAUUAAUCCUUUGUGGCUACUUGUGCCUUUGAUAUUGUUACAUUCAAUAUAUUCAUUUAUGUAUAUUUUGGGCUGUUUUGCCUCAUUUAUAUUUUAUGUUUACAAAAAGAAGAAGAACAUACCAGAAGACACUUACAGCGAACCUUGGAACAAAGUAAAACACUUACUUGCACAAAUUGUGGCUGCAGGUGGGAAAAUAUUACAUGGCUAUGAGGUUAUUGGCAUGGAACAUAUACCUGAAGGACCAGGGAUUAUUACUUUUUACCAUGGAGCUAUUGUUUUUGAUUAUGUAUUUUUUAUAGCUAACAUAUUUGCAGAGAAGGGGAGACUAUGCCAUACUGUAGUUGACCAUACUAUGGUCAAAUUACCAGGAUUGAAAUUGGGCCUUGAUGUGGUCCAUUGUAAAAAUUACACCAAAGUGGAAUGUUUGGAAAUUCUGAAGAAAGGCCAUUUAUUGGGGCUUGCACCUGGUGGACUUAGAGAGGGAAAUUUUAGUGACCAGUACUAUAAUCUAAUGUGGGGUAACCGUACCGGUUUUGCUCAACUGGCUUUAGAUGCUAAAGUGCCAAUAAUCCCUAUGUUUACUCAAAAUCUUCGUGAAGGAUACAGGUCAACUGGAAAAACACGGUUGUCAAGAUGGCUGUAUGAACAUACUCGAUUCCUAGUCCUUCCCAUAUAUGGAGGGUUUCCAGUGAAAUUUCGCACAUAUAUUGGAGAACCGAUCCCAUAUGAUCCAAACAUAACUGCUAAGGAACUGGCUGAAAAAGCAAAGGCUGCAGUUGAACAUCUUCGAGACAGAUAUCAAAAACGACCAGGAAAUAUAUUAAGAGCUCUACUUGAACGCUUCGAGAAACAUCACAAAGAUACCUAAGCUUUUCAUAACUUUUUCAUGUCACAUUUGUGUCCAUAUACAUGAAGUAAUAAAUAUUAAUAAUCACGUGAUUGAUUUUGCUAUUAUGUGCAAGAUAAUUUGGA